AUGAAGAUGGAUGUAUAUUGUUUUGAAAGUGAUGUUUUCAACCAAGCUUUCCCUCAUGUUACAAUUCUUACAGAGGUUGUGAGACAGAAUGAAAGGGACAUGAUAAAGGCAAUCAGGGAGAUAUCCAUUGGAGUGGUGUCUGAUGAAACAAUCAAAUUAUUAAAAGAACUUCAAAGACCAUUACAAGAUGAAACCAUUAAACUUUUUUCUACAAACGAUUUAGUUGACGACUAUAAUCGUGAUAGGAUACUUGAUUUUCCUGGCCAAAUACAUGAAAAAAUUUCAAUUGAUACUGGUGAUAAAAAAUACUUGAAAGAGCAGACUGCACCUAGAAACCUUUGGCUUAAGAUUGGAAUUCCUGUGAUGCUCAUAAAGAAUUUAUCAGAUCAGUUGGUAAAUGGACUGAGGGGAACAGUGUAUGAUAUACAAGAAGAUGGAAAAGUACUAGUGGAGUUUCCAAAUAUGAAAGAGGCAACAUAUAUAGAAAAAGUUAGGUUUGAAGUAUUUGAUCCAAGAAAAAAUGCUGUUGUUGCAGUCAGGGAACAAUAUCCGCUGAAACCAGCCUAUGCACUUACUAUUCAUAAAAGCCAGGGUAUGACUUUGGAAAGAGUUGAAGUUGACUGCCGGGACAUAUUCAAACCAGGUCAACUUGGUGUAGCAAUGGGAAGAGCAUGCACACUGGAGGGCCUGAGG